AUGACUAGCUCAGGCCACGAGCUGCUGCCGCGCAAGGCGGAGGACUUCCGCAAGCAGGAAUACUGGGACCAGUUCUUCCAGAAGCGAGGCGAGAAGGCUUUUGAGUGGUACGGCGAUUAUGCCUCGCUACGAUCUGGGCUGCAGGCACUGCUCGGUCUUCCUGACGAUGCUCCUUCCUCGCUACUGCGUCGCCUCAAGGCCAAAGUGCGCGUGCUGGUUGUGGGCUGCGGUAACUCGGCGCUGAGUGCGGAUUUAGCAGCCGACGGUUUCUCGAGUCUCUUGAGUGUGGACUUUAGCGAGCGUGUGAUCGACGAGAUGCGGCGUAAACACCCGGUGCUGCAAUGGCAGGUAAUGGACAUGACGGACAUGCGUGCGUUGGAGGACGCCAGCUUCGACCUGGUGAUGGACAAGGGCGCAUUGGACGCGCUUAUGGCCGAGGACACGCCCGAAAUUAAGCGGGACGCCUUGAAGAUGCUGCGCGAGGUACGACGUGUGCUCGCUCCUGGUGGUCGCUACUGCUGUGUCACCAUGGCACAGGAUUUCAUCCUCCAGCAUCUGCUGAGCUUCUUCAGUCUGAAAGACGAGACAGAACCAGAGCCAACGCACUGGAGUGUGGGCGUACAGGAGCUCCCACGUGACUUGCGCAAACCUUUCGCUCCGUUCCUCGCGGCGGCGCUCAAGUGCCCCAAGUCGGACUCUAAGGCUUCCAGGAAGGCGCAAUACAAUGCCAAGCAGUUUAUCAGUGACGUAGGUUAUUCUCGUCAGCAGUGGUUGACACACGAGGUGGAGGCCACGCAGUGGUUCGCUAUGACACAAGCAGGACUGCGCCAACUGAAGGUUGGUCGACAGGAGGUCAUUGAGCUUAUCGCCAACGACGAGAAAGAUGCGACCAAGGGUUUGGGUCAAAAUGGCGCGGCGAACGGCCAAGUCAACCCGCGCUUUACGCUUCGUCUGGUGGACGCCCACAUGCGCGGACCCAAUGGCAGCUGCGCCGUGUUCCUGAUCCCCCAAGGCCGCGAGCAUGAGUGGAUGUUUUCGACGGAGGAAGGAGCGAACGAGCUGGCGGCCGGCGCUGGAUUCAGUCGCCUUAUAAUUGUCGCCCUUGGCCGGGACGGUCACGCCUUUGAGAGCACGGCGAAGGUGCAGGAGGAGCUGAACGCCAAGGUGAUGGAACUGGCCCCUGACACGCAUGGAUCGGAUGAGAAGAUUCCGUAUCUGACGGUGGAGGAAGGGCUCGGUGCUCGAAACAUUGUACACCAAGGAACGUCACCACUUAGCGGUGCUUACUUCGUGGAGGAGGUGCAGGAAGACAGCGAGACGUUUCGUCGCCUGGUGUUUCUUAGCAAUACCAACGUCAUUCAGAGUGAGACCCCUGCAGCUAUUGAUACAUCCGACAUGACGCCCGAGGAGGCUGUAGCUGCCGCCAGGAAGAAGAAAAACAGCAGAAAGAAGAACCAGAAGAAGAAAAAGAAGGCCCAGGCCAAACAGGCGAGCGUAGAUACGUCCUAUCUCGCAUUCGAGUAUCACAAGGGCAUGGUUGCGUCGCUUCACGCAGCUUCGUUGUCUUCCAGAUCGGUGCCUGACUCGCUACACCGGACACUGGUACUUGGUCUCGGUGGUGGCUGUCUGGCCCAGUAUCUUCACGAUAACGUCCCAGGCAUGGAUGUGACGGCGUGUGAGCUGGAUCCGACGAUAGUGACGGUGGCAGAGCAGUACUUUGGCUUCAAGCUGGACGAACAUAUGCGUGUAGUGGUCGCUGAUGCACUCAAGUAUGUGGCAGAGCAGUCCUCGGCAGCUGAGAAGCAAAGCUUUGACUCCAUCAUUGUGGAUGUGGACGCCAAGCAGCGUGAUGUAGGCAUGAGUUGUCCACCUGUCAGCUUCGUUGAGGACGCGUUUCUGGCUCAUGCUCACAGUUUGCUGGCCCCUCGUGGUGUGCUGCUUAUUAAUGUUUCCUGCCGUGAUAGCGGUUUAUACGAGGAGAUCAUCGCACGACUACAGCGUGUGUUCUCUGGCUCUCGUGCUGUGCUGGCGCUGAAGCCCAGCGAAAAGGAUGUGAAUAGUGUCGUUUUCAUUCGCAAGGCUCACACGAAGGAGCCCGACGCUAAGACAUUGUUGCAGCAGCUGCAUGAUCAGGGGCGUCGACGUGGUAAGGCCCAGGACUCGCCACGUUACGUUGAUGACGAACUGUGUGAGCUCAUCCGUGACAUCGAAAUCACCAAGUAG